AUGAGCGGGAGCUUCAUAAUCCUGCGGUUCGCCCAGCGGCUCUCGCUCGCCUACCACCUCCCCCUCCCCAUCAAGGACGGUUACGCCCAGUCCAUCAAGCACGCAAUCUCCUACCCGCUCACCAACGCGCUCAGUCACUCCCACCAAAACGCCCAGCUCCACUGUCACGCCCAGCUCCACCUCCACCCCCAGCCCUUCUCACUCCUCGACCCCCAGCAAAUCUGUGACCCCCUCGCGCUCCAAAGCGCCCACGCGAACGCCCACGAAGUCGGUCACGCCUUCGGUCUCUAUCUCGUCCAGCCCUUCGCCGACCGCCUCGGUGACCGCCACCCCAUCGAGGACUGCCACGCCCACCCCCUCUCCCAGCUCCACGCCACUCUGGUCGAGCUCGCCUUCCCGUACCUCUCGACCUUGAAGAAGACUCAACUGUGUCCGGCGUACACAAAAAGUAAAUAA